AGAGCGCUGACAGGCAGCAGGCUUACAGGCUCCAGGCUUACAGGCUCAGCUCAGGCUGUGUCCGGGGAUCGUCGCUGUCACUGUCGCUGCUCCUGCUGUUGUUGUUGUUGUGGUUUUUGCCGCUUCCAGUCCACGUUGUCCGGAUACAAAGUGACAACAGAGCGGGAUUUAAUCUUCGGUGCAGGACGCAGAAACAACAGCAAAGUGUUUGGGGAGGACGCGCUGAGCUUUUUCUCCGGUCUCCGGUUGUGAUCAGCGGACAGUCGGUUGGGUGAGACUCUGACUGAGAGGCUAACAACCGAGUGCCGUUUAACUGCAUGAAGAGGCUGAGUGACAGGACUUUGGUCCUCACCUAGACCCCUCGAACAACCUCCUGACUGCCUGGACAUGAGGUCAUUUCGAUCGUUUGCCAAUGAUGACCGCCACGUUAUGGCCAAGCAUGCCAGCAUUUAUCCGGCCCCUGAAGAGCUGGAGGCCGUCCAGACACUGGUGUCCACCGUGGAGGGAGCGCUCAAGAAGGUUUCUGAUUGGAUGAAUGGCCUCAGCAAAACCUCAGGGAUCGCUUCCAGCAGUAACGAAGCCGGGGAUGACAUGUCAAAGGAUGACGAGGCUGAGACAAAGCCGAUCGGCACAUCAUCAGUGCUGUGUGGGGUGACACGUGUUGGCCUGGUGGCCAAAGGUCUGCUAAUCAAAGGGGACAUGGACCUGGAGUUGGUGCUGAUGUGCAUAGAGAAACCCACCAAGCUGCUGCUUUACACCAUCAGUGCCAACCUCCCCCUGCAGAUCCAGACAAUGACGGACGACAAAUACGAGGUGCGGUCAUGUGUGCCCGAGGCAGCCAUCCAAGUAUGCACCACCAAAGAGCCCCAACUCACCCUGAAGAUCACCCUCUCCUCCUUAGCCAUGAGGGAGAAGCACAGCACCACAGGAGAAGAAGAUUGCAAUGUCAAGGACAGACAGGAGGAGGAGGAAGAAGAAGAGGCGGAUGUCCUGGACCGGCAGAAGUGUCGGGCUGCACUGGCUUUACUCCGACAUGCCAAAUGGUUCCAGGCCAGAGUUGCAGACCUGAAGUCCUGCGUCAUUGUUUUGAGGAUUCUCAGAGACAUGUGCAACCGACUUCCUGUGUGGCAGCCUCUCAAGGGAUGGCCUCUGGAGCUGAUCUGUGAAAAGGCCAUAGCCACCUGCAAUCGGCCACUUGGUCCAGGUGAAGCCCUGCGCCGCGUUCUGGAGUGCAUCGCCUCAGGAAUCCUCCUACCAGGAGGUCCAGGAGUUCACGAUCCAUGUGAGAGGGAACCCACAGACGUCCUGACUGAGCUCAGCGCCCAGCAGGCUGACGCCAUCACACACAGCGCUCAGCAUGCGUUACGCCUCCUUGCCUUUGGACAGCUGUACAAAGUCUUGAACAUGGAUCCUCUUCCAGCCAGCAAGCCCUCACCAAGACUGUUAGAAGGCAGCUGUCAGAAGAGGCUCCGGGAGGACGUUGGGUCAGAAGACAGAGACUUCAUAAAAAGGCUGAAAGUCCUGGACUGGAGGAUGACGGAUCCAAACCACCCCAUGAAUGCUCUGAUGCGACUAAACCAGAUCCACCCUGGCCUUCAGUACCGCCUGCAGUCACAGUCUGGCCCAGUCCAUGCUCCAGUCUUUACCAUGUCCGUGGAGAUCCAGGGAACCACCUACCAGGCCACCGGGAACUCCAAGAGGACUGCCAAGCUCCAAGUUGCCCUCAAGGCGCUCCAGGCUCUUGGCUACGUGCUCAGCAGUGACGGAGAUGUGGACUCACUGAGCGCCGAUGAGAAGUCAGAUGGCGAGGGCAAGAAUGACAGGAUGUCCACCAGCUCCAGCUCCACCUCCAUCACCUCCUCCACAGACACACAGGAGUCCAGAGCUCCGGGUCCAAUCCUGACAGCGGGAGGUAAAAACCCAGUCAUGGAGCUGAAUGAGAAACGCCGUGGCCUCAAAUAUGAGCUGAUAUCAGAGAGUGGGAGCAGCUAUGACAAACGCUUCAUCAUAGAGGUGGAAGUGGACAAGCAGGUUUUUCGGGGUACUGGUCCCAAUAAGAAAGUAGCCAAGGCCAGCGCUGCGCUAGCCGCCCUAAACAGCCUCUUCUCUGGCUCCAAAUCUUUGACCAACAAGAAGAAACGGCCAAACCCUCAACCAAAGCGACCCGUGGCCUCGGUGCUGACACUCCCAGCACUCGCCACCAGACCUCCACGAGUCCCCAUAAUCCCCAGAGCUCCCUACAUCAGCACCCCACCCACACAUGGGUACAUCCCUCCAGGUUUUGGUACUCCUUAUGGUUACAGCCCAGCAGGCACCCUUCCUGCUUAUGGUUUCCCUUCCAGAAUGCCCUCAGUAGUUGUCCCUGUCAUCAGAGUCCCCACAGCUUACCCCAUCUCCCACCUCUUCCCCUAUUAGGACUCUUCCCUCACCCACCUCACAGGAAAUCACUUUGUUAAAGGAAUAUCCUUGGCAGUGUAUUCACAACACUGCAGUCCACAAUCUUUUAAACCAGCAGUACUGUUGGAAUAUUGCUUAUUCCCUCUGCGCUGCAGUAAAGCAACAGCUACAUUGAUUUGGCUGCUUGAGAGUUUUGUGGCCAUGUUGUUAUUGUGGAAACACAGAGGGUGACAAACAAUUCUGCUCUGUGUGUAAACUGAUCAGGUAAAUAUUACAAAGUACAGAACUAAACAUCUACUUUAAAUUAGAUUUUACUAAAGGGAACUAAUUAACCACCCAGCACAACAAACAGACCCUAAAGAAAAGCAAACUAAAUUAAUAACCACUCAAUACUCUUCCUCUUAACAUUAUAGAACACAAACUACUCAAUAAAUAUAAGAUGGAAACUAAGAAACUAAAUGAACAUCAACUAAUACCCAGAUUAUAGAACCAAAAAGAAAACAACUCUAAAGACUAUUAUAAAAUCAAUCAUUGUUAGGAAAUAAACUUGGUUAUAAAGUUUCCAAAUCUAAAUAUCCACCAUUAUACACUAUUUAUGGCUUGUUGGCAAGAAAACAUGAAAAAAAACAAAAAAAAAAUGCUUUGUAAGGAAACAGACUUCUAAAUAUGCAAUACAUGCACUUAGGGAAUAAAUGAGUAAACAUCUUCUAUAGGGAACUUGUAAACUUAUUAACUAAAACCUACUAAAUACUCAAAGUAGGGAACUAAAGAACUUACAAGUAAUAAACAACUACUAAACAGUGACUGUAGGGAACACCAACAACUAAAUACACAAAUGCCAAAAAAGCAAAUAGGUACAAGCCUCCUACUAGAUAAUUACUGCCUGAGUGAUUAUCUUUCAGGUGGUAACAAGUUAUUUAACUCCAACAGAUGCAAUGAGGAGCUUCUCAUUUCUUAAACAACCAUGUGGAAAGACUCAUCCGUGGUCAUGGAAAAGAAGUUAGUGUGUUUGAGAAGAGUCAAAUCAUUGGCAUGAAUCGAGCACAGAAAACAUCAAAGGAGACUGAAGCAGAAACCUCUAACCCCUGUAACUGUCCCACAAAUUAUUGCAAACGGGAAGGAUAGUGAGGAACCAUUGUCUUCCAGGAAGAAAUGUAUUCAGAAAAAAAUCCUGAUUGAUGGUGAUCGGCGAUCACUUAAACAUUUGGUGAAAUCAAAUAAAAAAAAAGCAGCAGUAGAACUCAGGGCUAUGUUUAAUAGUGAAAAUAAGAACAUUUCCACAUGUACAAUGUGUGAAGGGAAGGCAGCUGUGUAGCCUUAAGAAACCCACUAAUCAGGCUAACCAGGAAGAAGGCUUCACUUUGCCAGGGAGCAUAAAGAUUGGACGCUGAGCAAUGAAGGAAGGUCAUGUGGUCUGAUUAAUCUAGAUUUACCCAGAUGAAGACAGAUGAAGCGCUCCCAUCAUGCCUAGUGUCUACUGUACCAGUCUGUGGGGUCAGUGCUAUGAUCUGGGGUUGCUGCAGUUGCUCAGGUCUAGGUUCAGCAAUAUUAUGCCCAAAUAAUGAGCUCAGCUGACUACCUGAACAUACUGAAUGAACAGGUCAUUCUAUCAAUAGAUUUUUUCUUCCCUGACGGUACAGCGAUAUUCCAAGAUGGCAAUGCCAUGAUCCAUUGGGCUCAAAUAGUGAAAGUGUGGUUCAGGGAGCAUGACACAUAAUUUUCACACAUGGAUUGGCCACCACAGAGUCCAGACCUGAACCCCACUGAGAAUCUUUGGGAUGUGCUGAAGAAAGCUUUGUGCAGUGGUCACUCUCUCAUCAUCAAUACAAGAUGAAAGUCUGAGUUUACUGGUGGAAAUAAGGAUUGGUGGAAAAUGAAUGCAACACUGGAUGGAAAUAAAUCCUGUGACAUUGCUGAAGCCUCUUAUCCAAACAAUGUCACAAAGAAUGUGUGCUGUCAAAGCGCUGGUCCAACAAAAUAUGUGUGACCUUUUUCUGGUGGUGACUUUUUUUGGGAGGCAAUGCAUAACAUGUAGAAAACUAAACAACAUAACAUACACCAGCUACUUAAUAUUGACAGUAAAGAACUAAAGGCACUCUAGGGAACCAAAAAUGAGAAACAAUUAAAUGUAAAAUGUAGGAAACUAAAUAUCAUGUGAGUGAGAUUUAACCCAACAUUCAUAACAGAGUUUGAAAACUGUCUAUUUGGGUAAUUGUAAACACAUUUCCAACACAGCAGUAAGAAACUAAAGAAAAGGGAAUUAAUUAACACCAAUGUAGCUGAUCAGAGCUUAUUUGUCACAAGGUUUGUUAGUCCUUUAACAUUUUCUCCCGUCUAUGGCUGAAACUUCUUAUGUAUUUUAGUUUCUCUCUUUUCUAAGUGCAGAGAGAAAAAAAAGGUUUGCAAUAAUCGGUUGCACUGAGAAUCCUUUUCCUUUUGUUUGGGCCUCAGAUGUUUACAGUUACUGCGUAUGAGCCAUUUUAUGUUGACAUUAAAUACAUUCUUACCCUUGACAUUUUAUUUUGGCCUGUUUGUAGGCAAUAUUCUUUAUAAUAAAUGAAUAUUUUUCUCAAGUAAGUUGUGGUUCAUGAUGAUGUUCAAGAGUUGCCGUGAUCCAGUUUUUGCAUGCACAAGCUUCUACUGAAAAUAUACUUUUGGAAUAUUAACUUGGUUCACUAUGUUCAAUGGUAUAAAUGUUUGGUUACCUACAUUCACCUAUUGAAUUUUAAAGUAAAUUAGACUUGUAAAUUAAACUGUAUCAUAGAAAAAACUCAAUUCUUCCACCUCAUGUGUCGACCGAGGGUUCAAAAAGAUAUCUCUGUUAUUAUACGUUAAAUUUUAACACAUCGUUUUUAUCAGUUGUAAUAAUAAGAUGUUCUCACAUUUUAUUAGUUAAUGGCACAGCAGCCAAAUAUUCAGAUGACAUAUCUGUCAUACUGCUGAUAUUAAUAAACGUGACAAGCUCCACUAAAGCCACCUAAUUAUCCUGACAUUUAAGGAUCCUGCAAAGCAAUUAAGAACAAUUAUGUCUGAAACCAACAGCAGCUAUGAUAUAGUUGGCAUGUACAAACUAUAUCCUGCUUUUAACUGAUAGAAAACAUCUUACUUUAAUGAUGUCACAAAUGUCACAGGAGCAAUUAAUGAACCAAUACAGGUUAAUAUGCUGUUUAACCAAUAAGUUAACCACUGACUCUGGGUUUAUUGUGCAGUUGAGCAACAACUGUACUGCUACUCAAAGCACUUUUAUAGUCACAGUGACACAUGUCUGCAUGUGCUCACAUAAGCUCGCACCUAUGUGAAAUGUCUUGGUUAAGCAAGCAUCAGCAGGUUCCAGGGGUCAAACCCCUAAUUCUCUGGUUUGUGGACAUACCACUCUACCCACUGAGCAGGUUGUUCACGCCCCCAAGUAAAUGUUUUCUUUGGUGUUCAUAUCGUGCCAUAAUUCGACGCUCCAGAAAAAAAUGUUUUGAAAUGCUGAAGGUCUCUGACCAUCCGAUGAAUAAUGAAUUGCAUAUCUGACACUGCCUUUUGAAAGCUUGCACAACAAAGGUCUGAAAAAAAAAAAAGAAUAUGUCAGAAUAUGAGACCACCUAGACAUACCUAGAGAAAAAAAUACCCCUGCAUCAAUUGGAUAGUCUUAGAACCGAUCAGAACCACAAAUUCAACUCCAGGGUGCUCAUCAUGUGACUGUGCGGCUGUUACACUUCUUUCCUAAUUAAGUUGAACAGAUGUGAAAAUUUGAUUUGAAAUGGGUUCCUAAUUCAUGCAUAUCACGUUAUUUAGUUAACUAAAAGAUGAAUCAAUUAUAUGCCAUUAAAAGAUGAGACAUUCUGAGAAUACCCAGCUUUAAUGAUUACAGCAGAGGUGAGAUCACCGAUUAUUCAGUACAAGUAGUUCAUCAACUAAAGGUUUUAACCUCAGACAGCUUCGCUGUGACACUGAUAAUGACGUUUUAACUUUAACAGCAGUUCUUGGUUCAGACCGGUUCUCACGUGUGCUCACAUACGUUCAUCUGUUAACUCAUAUUGGUCAUCUCUGUUUCUGUUAACAUGCUUCAUGUCUGUUGUCUGUAGGCGGCCUGUACAUCGACAAUGCCUAUUACCAACCACAGACCAUAGCCACCCCUAUAAUCAUCCACCUGGGGCCUCAGGAUCUUUUCUGACCACGCCGCUGUACCAAGGCCUAAAUAAAACCUUAAGGUCUUGUCGGCACGUCUCGACUACUGUGGUGCUGCUAUUCUGGGAUCCUAAGCAGCAAUACUGAAAGCAAUAUGAAAGAAGAGAACCUCGCGACAAAGGCUUCAGUGAAGAAGACUUUUUUCAAACACAAAGCAAUACUUCUUCUGCCUUUGGGAAUCUCAGCGAAUUCCCAUCUAAACUCAGACUAUCCAUGUGAACUGAUGUAUGUAAAUACAACAUUCAUUAUCUGUAUAUGGAUGUGCGUGUUUUGAAUAUAUAUAAACAUGUUAAUAGAUUUAAAUAUAUCACAAGUUUAUAAUCUCUUAAUGUACAUACAGUACUAUGUUUGUAUUUAAAGCACUGUCAAAUAUCUAUUAAUAUAACAUUUUACAGAUUCUCUAUAACACUGUAUUGGUAUAUUGAUGUUAUGUUAUCCCACAUUAAAAAUGACUGCAUAUAAUAGAUUUAAUUUUGGUUUCUACUUCUGCAUCAGACUAUGCUAAUGCAUAAAUCUGGCUUAACUGGUCAUUUUUCCAAUCAGAAGGCAGAUACAGCGCUGCUUAAAUGAUUUUGUGUGAUUCAGAAUUUUCUACAUUUGUAAAUAAAAAUUACAAAAGAACAUCAGCGAAUCUCACAAAAGUCCCGAAAGUAUACAAAUGGAACUGAAAUGAAACAGGAAUAUUUUACUUGUGUAUUUGGGAAAAAAUGUCAGUGUUGCAUAUCUUUGAGUUGCAAAAGUAGGUGAACCUGUUGUUGACCUCAAAUCAAUGUGUCUUCAAUCAAUGUAACGGGACUCGGAUGUGGUUCACUGCCCGUUCAGUUUUGUUUUGUUUUGUUUUUUAAAUCAUCUUUGUGGUGGUGUAUAAUGGAAAUGACAAAGAGCUUUCUGAAGAAAAAAAAAAUCUACAAAUCUGAAUUAUUCCAAUGAAUUCUAAAAGAAAAUGUCGGGACAUCCAUCUCUGAGUCAUGCGGCAAGAUAACGACCCCAAGAACACAAGACUUUUUACAACACAGUGUUUAAAGAAGAUCAAAAUGAAAAAUUACCAAGUCAUAGUCUGGACCUUAAUGAAAAAAAAAAUCCAAUCCAAAAGAAAUGAUGUGGAAGGACCUGAAGCAAGCAGUUCAUGUGAGGAAGCCCACCAACAUCUCAGAACUGAAGUGAUUCUAGACUGAAGAAUGGAAUAAAAUUCCUGCAGUAGACAAGUGAUCAGCAGUGGAAACGUUUAGUUGUUGUUUAGUUGCUCAAGGCGGUCACACUAGGUAACGAAAACAAGGGUUCACUUACUUUUGCAGCCCCCUGAUGAUCAUAGUGUACUGAUUUCUUUCCUUGAAUACAUGCACAUGUAUAAUAUGUGUUUAAUUUGCUUAAUUGGAAGUCAAGUGAUGUUUUGAGUCAUUUUUAUGCAGAAAUGUGAAAUAACUACGCAAAAAUAACACAUACACAAACAAAAGCGUCACGCUAAUUAUUUUCCAUUUUUCUGCACACUGAAAUAUUUUUCUUCAAAAAUUAUUCAAAUAAGACAUAAUAAAUUCUCUAAAUAAUUUAAUUUAAACAAAAAUGUUGGCCACUGUUGGCAUAAACUGUUGCAGAUGUUCAUGAACAGAAACCUGUUAGAAAUCUCAUAUUUAUCAGUACAAUCAUGAUGUAUGUAGUUUAGGAUCAAACUGAAAUGAACUGAGAAACUGUUUUAAAUAACAAAGAAUGUCUUCAAAUAAAUAUAUUUGAAGAGAAA